CAGUACUGAUACAGCUGCCGAGUAGAACACAGCCGGGUCGCGUCGGUUCGUCGUCGUCGUCGUCAUCGUCGAUCGGUUGUCCGUUCGGUGUGGUUAUGGGUUCGCGGUCUUUCUAAUUCACGCAACCCAACGCGAAGCUGCAGUGCGCAGAUAUCUGGUCUGCAAAGUCUAAAUAUCCGCCAAUUAUGACCGCAGCGUUUUGUUUUUGCUCAGAAGAUUUGGGCAACAAGUGCUAUUGAAGCAUCCACCGCGAGUACGCAUGUGUAGUUGGUAAGUGUACUUUGUGAUGGUUGUUGGCCUAUAGCUACACCACAGCCAGCCAGCGAGCAAGCAACCACGCGCUCGAGCAGACGAACGGACGAACGAGUGCUUCUUUCAUUCUCAAUCUUUCCGCGGUGGGUACGGUUCAUCAAGCUCAUUCGAAUCCUGAAGGCGGUCGCGAACGCACGUGGUGUUCUCUGUGUGUUCUAGGUGCUUGGGCGUGCACUGGAUUACCACCAUAGUUUUCGGAGGACGGAAAUCGAUUGCAUAAUUAGUACAUUUCUCCUCUCCAGUGGAUCAGGAAAUUGACGGACGGUUGAAACGGGGUAACUUGGAAAAGUGGUUGUAAACUCAAAUGGUGUGAAGGCGAGCAAAUGCAUAAAUAAGAGUUUACAACGGUGACGGUUUGAAGCAGUCCCAAAGGUAGCAAAUUGUGCAUGAAAGAAGAAAGAAGAAAAGAGCGCAUAAAAAAGUGAAAUGUGGAAACGAAUGUUACAUUAACAUACAUAUGGUAUAACUGCAGUACUAAGUGAAGCCAUCGUGUAGAUGCGGCAAGAAAGAUUGCAGUCGUUACUAGUCCUCGUUGGUGUUGCCGUUGUGGAUUGCGCUUAGUUUUUUUUUCGCCCCAGUCACUAUAGUGUGUAUCAAGAAGAAAACCAAGACCAAGCUGGUACCCGCAGGAGCCGUAACCGAACAGACGCGGUGGCAGUUCAAGUGCUUCGUAGUGAGCCCGCUAUUGCUGGAAACUUCAGCGCCCCGCGCGCGCGCUCAGGCCAAGUGGCAGCCCUCGUUGUCGUCGUCGUCGUCGUCGAUCGGUUCAGUCUGCUGUAGAGUGGAAAACUAGUUUUUCCUAACCCGAUUGCCGCACUCUUGUGCCACACACACACACAGUCGAAGAAUAAAAAAAGUGCAAUUGAAAAAAUUCCAUCCAACAGAUCCAUACGUAACAUCUAAUGUUGCUGUAGGCUCAAGCCCACAGCAAGUCGACUGGCGAGUGUUUCGCGUACUUGGUGCAAUAUCACCUGGUAGGUUUAUAAUACCUACCGCCCCAAAACGCCUGGUGCCGCUAGUGCUAGUGAGUGAGGUCAGUGGGUGAGCGAAAAAGGAGAAGCAAAAUGUUGGCCGGCAAUGGGAAGCUGUUUUCGUUCGACAAAAUCGAGACGACCCGGAAAAAGGUCUCCAUCAGGCGUACCAUACUGGAUGUGGUGAUAUUUCUGCUCACGUCAUUGGGCUAUAUUAUACAGGCCAUCUACUACUCAUUAGUUGGCAAACCAAAGAAAGACCUCAAUGGAGAGCUGGCUCUAGUCACUGGCGGAGGUGGUGGUCUCGGACGGCUACUGGCACUACGGUUAACCAAACUCGGCGCCAAGGUUAUCGUGUGGGAUAUCAAUCAAGAUGGCAUCGAUGAAACGGUGAAAAUAGUUCAGUCCUUGGGUGGAUUCUGCAAAGGAUACAAGGUGGACAUUUCCAACAAGGAAGAGGUAUACAGAUCAGCAGAUCUGAUUCGAGAAGAAGUCGGUGAUGUAUCGCUGCUGUUCAACAACGCGGGCGUUGUCUCGGGCAGAGCACUACUCGACACUCCCGAUCACUUGAUCGAGCGUUCCUUCAACGUAAAUAUUAUUGCACACUUUUGGACCACCAAAGCCUUCCUGCCGGCGAUGUUGGAACGUGAUCAUGGACACAUAGUGACGAUCGCUUCCCUUGCCGGUCACGUCGGAAUUUCCAAACUGGUGGACUACUGUUCGAGCAAAUUCGCUGCGGUUGGUUUCGACGAAGCCCUGAGGAUAGAGCUGGAGUGUAUGGGAGCGCAUGGAGUGUUCACGACCGUGAUCUGCCCUUACUUCAUCCAGGCGACGGGGAUGUUUGACGAUGUGAACUCUAGGUGGGUUCCUACGCUGGAUUCCAAUGACGUGGCCGAUCAAAUCAUUGAGGCCGUUCAGAAGAAUGAGAAGUAUGCCAUCAUUCCAGGAUACUUGAGGUGUAUGUUAGCGGUUAAAUGGGUCUUCCCGUGGGGUUGCAACUCCGGUUUUCUGCGACGGCUGGUCCCCGAUGCUACACCUCAACAUGCUUCCCCGAUCCAAACCCCAAAUGGCGUCAAAAUGAAUGGACACUCACACCCCCUGGAUGAGACGGCACCGGAUAACAACAACACCAAAACUUCUCCCCUGCUGGUCCACCGGUUAUCCACUGGAGAAAGGGUACUGUAGAGCGCAAACGGCAUGACUCCCACCGAUUUUGGUUUGAUUGAGAAACACUGAUACACAACACACACUUACAUCACACCUUCUGUACUAAUUAGAAUAUUGCGAGCAUUCACAGAACUGAACAGGUUUCAACCAAGAAAUCAUCAAACGAAAGAAAGCUGACUACAUACAGAGGAAAACCGGGUUUUCCCACUUCAACAAGGUGAUGCUCCUGGGCCACCCGUUUUUAAAAUCCCUAGCUUUAAGACUCUAUGUGUCGAAGGAGAAAAACUGAUACAAUUAUAUGUGAUUUGCCUUGUUUUAGGAAGCGCGACGAAUAAAAUGUGAUCAAGACAGGCGGCUAGACAGUAAGGCUGGAUUCAUUCCUAUUUGCGGGGAAAGUAUAGUUUUUAUGGUGUCCAACUAGUUCGUAGUCGUUAAGAAGGAAGCAUAAGAAAUGAAAAUCUUUACACACUGAAGUCUGUUUUCCCUUUCUUGCCGGUAGCCUUGUCUAUGGAUAGUUUUUGAAAAUAGUCAAUAAAAUGGUUGGAAAUGAGCAAUGACGAAAAGGGUAAUAGUUUAAAAUUAAACAUUGCAGGCAGAGCUAAAAAAUUGUCACGGAGAAACAGAAACAAUAAACCAACAUUAUACAGAGACAAGUACAGAAAUAUGGAAUAAGAAAAUAAUUAUAAAAUAAAUACGAGAAAAAGCCAAUGAACAAAUAUACAUUAAAACUGAAAUAAGUACCAGUAAAAUCUAAAAUAUGAAUCAGAAAAACUGAUAAAUAAAGGAGUAGUGAUCGGGUAAUUCAUAUGUUUUAUUAUCAUUUUUAAAUACCACCUCACAUUUCAUUUACAUACGUAAAUUGUUGUAACUUUAUAAUGGUAACUUUUUUUCUUAACUUUCUUUUUCUUCUUUUUCUUUUUGCUUCCGGAGUUCAAGCUAAUAUUCUAGAAACCAUUGCUCAGUUCUUUUUAUUUUAUUGGCUGCUUCCUUAUACAAAACUGGAAAAUACAUUUUUUUUUCGUGUACAGUUCAUAUUUUCCUACCUUCAGCUGGUCAGAAUGCGUCAUUCAAUGGACGACUAUAAUGAACAGUAAAAAGGAAAUUCGUCAUAUUCAACCCAAUACUUUCUGUUGUCUUCCCUAGAUUGAAGAAGAAUUCGAAAGUUGACUGUAACAAAAAAUGACGAACAGAUAUUCCGCAUUCCGAAUGUUCCUUGCAGAAAUCCCAUACUUUGACGCGUACUCCAUCGUACUCUUGUCAGCUUUGCGAGCUGUUCCAACCAGUUCUCUCUGUUAGCAUUAUAUACCAAUAAACAGCCAAUUCUGAUCCGU